AUGGCGGCGGCAGGUCCGAGUACUCGGGCCUCUUCCGCGGCGGCAGCUGCAGCUCUGAGUCGGCGAGGCCGGCGGGGCCGCUGUGACGAGAUGGCGGCAGCGAAGACUGGGGCUCCGGGCCCGGCCUCUGGCCCUGCGCUGUUGGUGGUGCCGCCGCCGUUGCUGCAGCCGUCGCCACCGUUGCGGCCGGAGGACUCUAGCUGCGCCGGAUGCCUGGAGACCUCGGGGGAAGCGGCGGCCCUGCCGUGCGGCCACUCGCUGUGCAGAGGCUGCGCCCCACGCGCCGCCGGAGCGGUGGGCCCGGGUUGCCCGCGCUGUCGCGCCCGCGGCCCGAGCUGGGCCCGCCGUCGGGCCCGCGACGACGGCCAGGCCGCCGCAGAGGUGCUGGGCGAGCGCGCCCGCCGCGGCCAGCCGGAGCGCUGCCGCCCGCGCCGGGACGGGGGCGCGGCCGCUGCGGGGCCCAGGCCGGAGCAGGAGGCGCGCGCCGCGCCCGCGGAACCAGAGUUUAUAUUCAGAGCACCAAUCAAAUUAAGCAAGGCUGGGGAACUUCGUGAGGAAUUUGAAAGCCUGAGAAAGCUGAGAGAAGAAAAGUUACAAGAGGAAAAAACUUCUGAAGAUCAAAUUCACAAGCUUUUACCAGAGGAUACAGAAACAGGGAAAAGGAAAAUGGAUGAACAGAAAAAAAGAGAUGAGUCAUUAGUACUGAAAACAAAUUUGGAACAUUGUCCUGCACGUCUCUCAGAUUCAGAGAAUGAAGAACCUUCUCGAGGCCAGAUGAUACAGACACAUCGCUCGGCAUUUGUUUCCAAGAACAACUCCUACUCCUUAGCUUUCCUGGCAGGGAAGCUAAACUCCAAGGUGGAGAGGAGUCAGAGCUGCAGUGACACAGCCCAGGAUAGAGUGAAGAGCAGACUCAGAGCAGCUCCAGCCAACAAAGCCAAGGUCACAACUGUAACUCCAGCCUCCAACCCCAUCAUUGGUGUCCUCUUGUCCACUCAAAACAACCGCUGCCUCUCAGCCCCUGACUUAACCAUUGAAAAGCGUCUACCUUUUAGCUCCCUCUCAUCCUUGGUUUCCCUGCAUAAGCCAGAGCGCUCUAUCAGCCCUGAAAGCAAUGACAGCAUCUCCGAAGAACUAAACCAUUUUAAGCCUAUUGUCUGCUCACCAUGUACUCCUCCCAAGAGGCUCCCUGAUGGUCGUGUGCUAAGUCCCCUCAUCAUCAAAUCAACACCCCGCAACCUAAACAGAAGCCUGCAAAAGCAGACUUCUUAUGAGGCCAGUCCACGGAUCCUCAAAAAGUGGGAACAGAUCUUUCAGGAGCGGCAGAUCAAAAAGACCCUUUCAAAAGCCACUCUCACCUCCCUGGCUCCUGAAACGGAAGACUUACUAGGCUCUGAAGUUAUACAUUCUAGCAAGAAGUCAAUUCUGGCUUUAAAUACAAGACGGUCCAGUGGGCCAGUACUCUCGGAGUAUGUUGGACCCAUCUCCACUGACCUUGAUUAUUUCCCCUCUGUUAGCCAAACAAAAGCAGAACAGGACAGUGGUAGUAAAAGGAACACUGAGAUCCCACUGGAAACCUGCUGUUCCUCAGAACUCAAAGGGGGAGCCAGUGAGACUUCUUUGGAGAGGGAGCAAUUUGAGGGGUGUGAGGGGUCGGGGUCAAUGCCAGAUGCCAAGUUAGACAAAACCCGUAUAAGCACAGCCAUGAAAAUCUCUGCAGCUAAUUCUGUGCUACCCAAAACCAGUGUUUUGGGUGGGGUCCUCAAAACAAAGAAACAGCUGAAGACUUUAAAUCAUUUUGAUCUGGCUAAUGGUGUUCUGGUAGACAGCCUAGGUGAGGAGCCACUUCCUUCUUUGCGUCGGGGCCGGAAAAGACAUUGUAAGACCAAGCACUUGGAACAAAAUGGCUCCCUUAAGAAACUGCGACAAACCAGUGGUGAGGUGGGCCUGGCCCCAGCAGACCCAGUACUGCGAGAGAUGGAGCAGAAACUACAGCAAGAAGAAGAGGACCGACAGCUGGCUCUGCAAUUGCAGCGCAUGUUUGACAACGAGAGGCGGACUGUGAGUCGGCGAAAAGGAAGUGUGGAUCAGUAUCUCCUACGGUCCAGCAGCAUGGCCGGGGCCAAGUAGCACUUAAUGAACAGUGGUACCCUUUUUUAAGAGGUCUUUGUCCUUGCUCAUUUAUCCUGAAGAGCUGAGUGUUCUCACUUUGGGUUUCUUUUAAUGGUAAAGCACUGUCUAAUAUGGUUUUGAGAAGUUCCAAGACCGCUGUAGUCAAUAUCUGAGGGAACUGCAUCUCUGUUUCUCUGUGACCUAGGCCAGAAGCACCCCUCACCCACUGAGUGACCCACCCCUGAGGGCUUCCAGGCCAAAUCUGGCAGCACCCACUUGGAAUGAGAUUUGGAAUAGCCUCAUUCAGGAGCACAAUGGCCAGAGUGAGAAAUGGUAAAGGAAAGAGGAGAUACCUUCUCAAGCUGCUGGACCUCCUGACUUCUUUUAACAAGGUGUUGUUUUAAAUCAGCCUUGCAGAUAAAAAUUAAUUCCAUCUUUUUCAAAGAAGUGGAACAGUAUCUUUGGCAGAUCCAAAAUGAUAAAUUAUUUUCCUCUUUUACCUGUUCCUUGCCACAAGUAAUUAUACCCACCUAAAUCAACUAAGCUUAUGCUUCUACAAAAGUUAAUUUACGUUCUCUGUUUAAAAGAUAACAUUUGAGUAGUGCUAUGUAGUUGACAGAGCACAUUCACAGACAUUGUUUAAUUUGGUCUUCCCAGGAGACCUAACAUGUAAGUGAUAUUAGCCCCAUUUUUAGAUGAUGAAAGUGCACUGCGGAUGUUCCAGUUCUCUCAACUACUAAGAGGCAUAGCCCAGACUGACCACUGGGUCUCCCAGCAACACAUCCUAUGGAUUUUCCUACACUAACAGGUUGCCUGGGACUGCAACCCAAGGGCAUGCCAGAGGAGCCUAGGAAGAGCUGGCUGGGCACUGAACACUGAUAGUGCAAAAUCCACGUGCAAAUAAUUAAGAUUGACAGGAUGUAUAAAUAUAUACUGUGUAGUUAUCCUCACCCCCUACAGUUCUGUUUUCUUGGGGGUUCUAGCCUGUGAGACAUACUACAAUUGGGCUUCAUUAUUACUUUCCAUAUGGCCAAGGGUUAUCUGCAGUGUUGAUCUAAAAUCCUCAAAAUUUGCCCUGAAGUCAGGCAAAGAACAAUGCUGAAACUCUGUACUGUGGAAACAAGGUAUCUAGCUGGAUGCAGCUGGUAAAUUCAGUCCCAUGGACCUUUGGGGUUUAUUUUCCUUAGCAGCUGACACUGUGUGUCUUUUGCAUCCCUGGUGGUGCUUGGUGCUUCUGCCCAUCUGGGCUCAUUGAGAACAGGGAUUAAGAGAUGAUUUUAGGGAAUCUCAGUUGGGCUGGCAUUCCCUCUGUAUGUAUUAACUAUUACUAUAAAGUCAUGUGACUGGCAUUUUAACAAACCUUCCAGAGCUUAUAUAUCCCAAUGUAUGUUGUACCCCUUGAGUAGCCCCAGCAGGAUACUGCAUAGUUUUUCCAAUGAUGUUACCACUGGUGAAAACAUUUCUGGAACUGCCUUCAAAGACUAGAAACAUCUAGAAACAUAGGCUCCUAAAAUAUUAGACCAGGAAGGUACCUUAAUGGUCAUCUAUUCCAACCUUUUCCUAAGGCAGAGGCUAGGGUUCAGAGCAAUGACUUACUGAUGGAAGGAAUUACUAUAGUACCUUUUAAAAAAAUUCUCAGGAGAUUUGCCCCCUUCUCAGGGCAAAAUCUUCAAUCUUUUGGGGUUAUAGGAGAGAGAAUUUUAAGUUUGAAACUAUCUGGAAGCUAUUUGAAGCUUCUGAGAAAGAAGGCUUAUCAAGAGGGUUUGAAGUCAUAAAUAGGGUGCUGCUGUAAAGCAGUCAGAGCCAUUUUCUUGUGCAGUUCAUAGUUCCCAAACAGUUCCCAAAGAGAAGUUCCAGAGAUGUCUUAAGCAUUGUGGUCGUCAUUGAGAUAUGUAGAAUCCCUUCGGUGACUACUUUGGUGGGGAACAUCACUCACCUGAAUGUACUUAUUCUGUGUCCUGUGUGUGUGUGCAUGCACGUGUACAGAUGUAUGUUUAAAAAACAUGCAUCAAUCUCAUUAUAUUUGGGCAUGUUAGUGCCCAAAAUAGAAGAGCUGGCACUGGUCUGCAGAGGACAGGGAAGGUGACCUUACUAAAUGCCCUUAGAGAAAACUUAUCAGUUACUGCCAUUUCAUAUAUUUCCUUUUCAAUCUUAGUAAAUAUUAUUGGAAGGCUAGCCUUGUUGGUAGUGGCAAAGACACUUAUUUUUCCACUUGCCACCUUUUUCUAUAUGUCCAAUAGUUUGAAAAACACUUUUCAGUUGGAAUUGAUUUUUGGUUUUGGUAAAAAGAUAAAUAUUUUAAUAGAUAAAAGAUAUAUAUUUUUUCAAUAUUUCCCCAAAUUAAUACUUUCAUCUUAAGACAUUGCUUAGCAUUAGCAACUCGUUUAAGUUUCAGGUGCAGAGCGAAACUUUUGUUAAGGGAGUAUUCCAAGGGCUAGGUCCAGCUUACUGCCCUUCCCUCUUGCACCUACUGUGAUGCCUGGGAUGCUACUGACAGUUGUUGCCCAGACUUCCUGCUAAGCAGUAGUCCUUUCAAUAUAAGCAGAGCAAUUUAGGUUAAGGAGGGAAGAGGCUUAAUUUUUAAUCUGCCUUGCUUGGAGGAAGAAAAAAACCACUAAUGUAUUAUCUGUAUUUAAAGAUGUUUCCUAUACUUAAUAACUCAAACCUGACCACUUUUUAUUUCUGAAAAAUUUCCCUCUCUUGUUGCUUGAUUGUGAAGUUGGUCACAUAUGGAAUUGUUGACAUGGAUUUUUUGGGGAAAACAAAAAAGACAAGAAGGAAAAUACAUUGAUCUGGAGGGUUUGUGAGCUAGAAUGAGAGAUGCACUAUUUUACAAAACAUAUUUCUCACAAAUCAUUGAAGUCCAAUUCACUGUACAAAUUUCCCGUGUCCUACUAACUGUUCUUUGUAUAUAUGCAGUCUGUGUUUUUUCUUAUUAGAGGGGAAGUUAUGAUGGGUGGGAGGGUGGAGGUCACUCUGACAGGAAAUCUGAAAAAUGUGGUGUCCUCAGAAGGGGGUUCUCAGCCAUUUUCCAUAGAGAGGGAAAGACACUUUGGGAACGUAUUCACGACCUGUUGAUUGUAUUUGCUGGAAGACGUCAUCUGGGUCUGUUGGGUUGGUAUCAAAUCGGGAUUAUGCAUCCAGCCUGUGGCCCCUUUCAUAAAAUUGCCUCUUUUAAAAAAAGGUUAAGGCUUCUUGGCUGAGGCUUGCCAAGGAAAUUUUUCCUAAGUGUCUUCAUUUAUUUUUUCAACUUUUAAAUUAAUUUUUAAUUUUUGCCUGGAGGAAGCACUGACGUUAAAUGCCUUCUGAUUUCUGUUGAUUUUCCCUAAAGGAAAAUUGCCCUUAAGGGAUUGAAGCUGCUUAAUUAAUUGCUGUCUGAUUACAAACUGGCAAACUGAAAUGGGAAGCUGCCACUGUGCUUGCCUGGUGCAGCUGAUGACUGAAGGCUGUGCUCAUUUCCUGAGCUUCAAACUUGUGCCAACCCCGUGCGGGGUCAUGGACAUACAAAAAUGGAAAGGACAGCCCCUACUCUUGAGGAGCUCGAUGUCUAAUGGAAUGUAUUUAAAUGUAUAUCUGGCUGGAGAAUUUGUUAAUGGUCUUAGGAAAAGCCAUUUCUUUCAUAGCCAUGCUCUUUGACGGUCCCAUUUAGGAUACUGUCCAGCACCCAGCAGACUUCCUUGAACAUUUUAGAGACCCCAUCAGUAUCUGUGAAUUUGAUUGUAACAUUGCUUUCCAUUUCCUAAUUGUUUUACCAGAGGAGAAUGAGUUUUCUCCUCUAGUGAUGACAAGACAAUAAUACCACUUCAGGAGCUGCCUUUUAGCUUAAGCUCCAAGAAAUGAAGCAGGUUGUGGAUCACUGACAUGGUCGGGGACCUCAAUUUAGUAACUUAAUCUCUCUUCCAACCUGAUCUCUCACCAGAGCCAGGAGCAAGUUGGGAUUCCUUUCCUUUUUCCUGGCCGGGUUUUCAUUGAAAAGGAGGGCCAGCAGGAGAGGGAGAGAAUAAAAAUCAAAAGCUAGAUCAUAAUCAUAGAAUGUUAUCUGGAAUGAGUGAGGAAAUCAUCCAAGUUAAACUCCCAUCCCUUUUUGUUUUUUUGCUGGUACAGAGAUUGAACCCAGGACCUUGGUGUUAUGAGCACCAUACUCUAACCAACUGAGCCAAAUUCUUUUUUUUUUUUAACAAAUGAGGAAUUUGAGGUCCAGUGCCCUGUGCCCUCUUUUAUACUGUAGUUUUCUAGAGUUUGAAUAAAUAGUCCUUAAAGUUACACACACACACGCACACACACACACACAAUUUGCUAAUGAAGGAACACCCAAAUGAUUUAGGAAGCUUUUUUUUUUUUUUUUUUUAAAGAUGACCGGUAAGGGGAUCUUAACCCUUGGCUUGGUGUUGUCAGCACCACACUCAACCAAUGAGCUAACCAGCCAUCCCUAUAAAGGAUCCGAACCCGGGGCCUUGGUGUUCUCAGCACCACACUCUCCCGAGUGAGCCAUGGGCCGGCCCUAGGAGGCUUUUUGUUUUAACAGAUUUUUCUCCCCGAUUUUUUCAGUUAGAAUUAAGAUGCAGCUAUAUCUCCUGAAUACACACUCAGGUAGGGAAAGUCUCCACAGUCUGAGUAAUGUGAAUGUAGUAUCUUGGGAAACGAUAAAUUUUGAUUGGAAUAAUUGUCACUUUAAUUACCAAGUUCAUUAAAAGCCAGGCAGCCCCUUCAUUUUUGCUUGAAAAUCGGAAACUCCUUAGGAUCUUAAGUCUUUCUCAGCCAGCCUUGUCCUCAUCAACCCAUAGAGGGGUCUUUUGGCCUGGUCUUUAGAGUGAAUGUAGCUGGUUAUGAGUUCUUGUGACUCAAUGAGAAAGGUUUAUUGUAGGGGUGGGGUGGAUUUUAGGGAAAGAGGCUGCUGAAUAGAUUUUCUUCGGAAGAUGGUCUAGAAAUGCAUUUUUACACAUGAUUAUUAUCCACUGUAACUUUCUGAAGAAGAUUGUCCUGUAGAAAAGAAAUACAUAGAGGUCACCUGUUUAGAGAUUAGUCAAAUUGGAUAAAGGAAAAAAUGCCAAGACUGAACAUUUAGCUUGUUCUCUAUGUAUUAUCAGUAUUUUUUUUUCUAAGAAAAAAAUUUACUCUCCGUGAAUAAAUGCUUCCUUAAUGUCUUGUCAGUAAGGUGACAACUUUUAACAGCCUUCACAGUGUGAGAGGCAACUUGAGACUUUGAGCAGGCUCCCCUCUCUACCUUUCCAAGAAAUAGUUGGACAAGGCCAGGAUAAAGCAAGGCUUGUUCAUCUUUCUCUCCUCUCAUUAAAUAUGAGGUUAAAAACAGGCAAUGCGCUCUUCAAAUAUCAAACUCUUAGAGCCCAAGAGUAGCUUUAGGUCCUGGUUCCAGAUAAGUAAGGUAGCAGUCAGAUUCUUCCUCUUGGUACUGCCCACCCUCUAAGCUGUGCCACCAAUGGGAGCAGGGGCUGUGCCUCAGUAGGCUAAAGUUUGCAUCAAACACUGUAUCACCAACCCUGAGCCUAAGCAGAGCACUUAAAGUCCUAAUGAGAGAAUAGAUACUAUGCAAGGGAAAAAAUGACUAUCUUAAAUGCCAACUAAUGGAUUUUUUUUUCCUGCUUGAUGUGCUGUUUACUCUCAACUCUUUGUACAAGUACACUUGUUCUAAGGGCCUUUCCCCCUCCCGCCUAGAAAUAGAAAAAUGCGUCGUGUAUUGGUUUUUUUCAACCUGCUGUCUGCAUUAGAAUUGGAGUAGGGGACUGGAUCCUUAUGGACUGCCACUGUUGGCUGCCUCCUCUCUGACUCAUAAAGAGCAUUUUGAUAAAGACAGAGGACUCAGAACAGGGCAUGUAUGCCUUGUCGGGGAUGCUUCUGCCAACAAGGAAAUGGCAUGGAAUCAAACGGGAUGAUAUAUUGUUUAUUUAAACAGUACCAAAGUGCAUUCUUCAAUGUAUGUUUGCCUGCUUGAGGCG